AUGAGCGCCCGCCGCCUCUUCGGGCUCUUGCUCGCCGCCUGCGCCGGCUUCCUGCGCCCCGGUCCCGGCUGCCUCGCACGACCCUGCUAUGAUGAGCUCGUUGCUCCCCUGUACUCCUACUCCAUCGGUGCCUCCUCCAGAUACAACAUCUUCUACUCGGCCAGCUUCGCCCGUCUGCACAGCACCAGCGGCUGGUCCCCCGACCCCCGCGACAAGCAGCCCUGGCUGCAGAUCGACCUGAUGCAAAAGCACCGGAUCAACGCAGUGGCCACGCAGGGAACCUUCAACACCUACGACUGGCUUACGCGCUACAUCGUGCUCUAUGGAGACCACCCCACGAGCUGGAAACCCUUCUUCCAGCAGGGCAGCAACUGGACAUUCUUUGGGAACGUGAACGAGAGCGGGGUGGUGCGGCAUGACCUGCAUUACCCCAUCCUUGCACGGUACAUUCGCAUCAUUCCCGUGGCCUGGAACCCGCGGGGGAAGAUCGGGCUGCGCCUGGGCCUCUAUGGCUGCCCCUACCGGUCCCAUGUGCUCUACUUUGAUGGGGACGAUGCCAUCUCCUACCGUUUCCGAGCCAAGAGGGUCAGCACCUUCGAGGAUGACAUCUCCUUCAACUUCAAGACGCUGGAGCAGGAUGGGGUGCUGAUGCACGGGGAGGGCUCACAGGGUGACUACAUCACGGUGGAGCUCAAACAGGCCCAGCUCCUCCUGCACAUCAGCUUAGGCAGCAGCCCACUGCACGCCAGUGAGGGCCACACGACGGUGGCGGUGGGCAGCCUCCUGGAUGACCAGCACUGGCACUCGCUGCACAUCGAGCGCCUCGGCCACUACGUCAACCUGACGCUGGACGGGGAGGUCAAGCGCUUCCGCUGCCGUGGCACCUUCGACCAGCUCGACCUCGAAACUGAGGUAUUCUUUGGAGGGGUGAUCGACCACGACAAGCAGCACCUCACCUACCGGCAGAACUUCCGGGGCUGUGUGGAGAACAUCAUGUUCAACGGGGUCAACAUCGCCGACCUGGCCCGGCACCGGCGGCCCAACAUUCGCUUUGAGGGCAAUGUGGGCCACUACUGCCAGGACCAGCUGACCAGCCCCAUCACCUUUGCUGGCAUCAACAACUACGUGCGGGUGCCGGGGAUCCCCCGCAGGAACCGCCUGGCUGUCAGCUUCCGCUUCCGCUCCUGGGACACCGUUGGCCUCCUGCUCUACACCGGCUUUUCUGACCGCCUGGGCUCCCUCGAGAUGGUGCUGAGCGAGGGGCAGGUCAAUGUCUCCAUCGCCCAGCCUGGCAAGAAGAAGCUGGAGUUUGCUGCAGGGCAUCGCCUGAAUGAUGGCUUCUGGCACUCGGUGCACCUGGUGGCACGGGAGGGCUCAGCUGUGGUGACCAUCGACGAUGAUGAUGGUGCCGAGUUUCGGGUGGCGCACCCCUUCCAGCUGCGCACGGGCAGCCAGUACUUCUUUGGAGGCUGCCCCAAGCCGGCCUCAGUCACCGGCUGCCGGUCAAACCAGACGGCUUUCCACGGCUGCCUGCAGAUGCUGAACGUGGACAUGCAGCCCGUGGACGUGGAGCUGCUGGCACUGCAACGGCUGGCACAGUACCACAACGUGUUCUUCAACGUCUGUGGGAUCACAGACAGGUGCACCCCCAACCUGUGUGAGCACGACAGCCGCUGUAUCCAAUCCUGGGAUGACUUCAUGUGCAUCUGCGACCUGACGGGGUACAAGGGGGAGACCUGCCACAAAUCCCUUUACAAGGAAACGUGUGAUGCUUACCGGGUCAGCGGGAAGACCUCGGGCAACUACACCAUCGACCCAGAUGGCAGCGGGCCACUCAAGCCCUUCACGGUGUACUGUGACAUCCGAGAGGACCGAGCGUGGACCAUCAUCCGGCACAACCGUCACUACGCCACGCGGGUGACGGGCUCCAGCGUGGACCAGCCCUACCUGGGGGCCGUGGAGUACUGGAACGCCUCCUGGGCCGAGGUCUCAGCCCUGGCCAAUGCCUCUGAGUACUGCGAGCAGCGCAUUGAGCUCCACUGCUACAACUCCCGCCUGCUCAACACCCCCUCCGGGCUGCCCUUCAGCUUCUGGAUGGGUCGGAACGACGAGCGGCACUACUACUGGGGGGGCUCGCGGCCGGGCAUCCAGCGCUGCGCCUGCGGGCUGGACAAGAACUGUGCUGACCCCCAGUACUUCUGCAACUGCGAUGCCGACCAUGCGAUUUGGAGGACAGACAAGGGUCUGCUGACCUUUGUGGACCACCUGCCCGUCACCCAGGUUGUAGUUGGAGACACCAACCGCACUGGCUCUGAAGCCCAGUUCGUGCUGGGGCCCCUACGGUGCUAUGGAGACCGCAACACCUGGAACACCGUCUCCUUCAACAGGGGCGCAGCCCUGAUCUUCCCCACCUUCCAAGCCAACCACAGCCUUGACAUCUCCUUCUACUUCAAGACCACUGCCCAGUCUGGAGUCUUCCUGGAGAACCCAGGCUACCGAAACUACAUCCGCAUCGAGCUCAACACCACUAGGGACGUGGCGUUUAUAUUUGACAUUGGGAAUGGGGACGAGAACCUGACGGUGCGGUCGGUGGUACCCUGGAACGACGAUGAGUGGCACCAGGUGAAGGCUGAGCUCAACGUCAAGCUAGCACGGCUGCGGGUGGACAAGCUGCCCUGGGUGGUGCGGCCAUUCCCCCCACAGAGCUUCGUCCGCCUGGAAUUUGACAGGCCCCUCUACGUCGGCGCAGCAGAGCACAAGAUGCGCCCGUUCCUGGGGUGCCUGCGGGCGCUGCGGAUGAACGGGGUCACGCUCAACCUGGAGGGCAAAGCCAACGAGACGGAGGGCGUGCGGGUCAACUGCACCGGCUACUGCCAGGACCCGCCGGUGCCCUGCCAGAACAGCGGGCUCUGCGUGGAGCGCUACAGCCACUACACCUGCAACUGCAGCAUCUCCGCCUUCACCGGGCCCUUCUGCAACCACGACAUCGGCGGGUACUUCGAGGAGGGCACCUGGGUGCGGUACAACAUCCUGCCCAUGUCGCUGUACGCCGCCCGGGAGUUCGCCAGCAUUGUGAGCAGCCCCUGGCAGCCCCUGCCUGGCUACAACCUCACCAGCGAGGAGGUCAGCUUCAGCUUCAGCACCACCUCGGCACCUGCCGUGCUGCUCUACGUCAGCACCUUCGUCAAGGACUAUAUGGCUGUGCUCAUCAAGGAUGAUGGGAGCCUACAGCUGCGCUACCAGCUGGGCACCAGCCCCUAUGUCUUCACUCUCACCAACAAGCCAGUGACAGAUGGGCGGCCGCACCGUGUCAACAUCACCCGCCUGCACCGAACACUCUACACCCAGGUGGACUAUCUCCCCGUCGUGGAGCAGCAAUUUUCCCUGUUUGUGGACAGCAAGCUGGAUUCGCCCAAAAACCUGUACCUGGGUCGUGUGAUGGAGACUGGCGUGAUUGACCCCGAGAUCCAGCGCUACAACACACCCGGCUUCUCAGGCUGCCUCUCAGGGGUGAAAUUCAACACCCUCGUGCCCCUCAAAGCCAUCUUCCACCCCACCAGUCCCCUGCGGCCCUACAGCAUCCGGGGGGAACUGGUGGAGUCGAGCUGUGCCUCAAUGCUCCCCCUCAGCACCAUCCUUAUCCCUCCUGAGAUGGACCCCUGGUACAUGGCCACAGAGUUCCCCCACGUGCACGAUGAUGGCUGGAUUGGGAUCAUCAUCGGGUUCGUGAUCUUCCUGCUCCUGCUGCUGUCAGGGCUGCUGGCGCUGCUCUACUUCUACCACCACCGCUACAAGGGCUCCUACCACACCAACGAGCCCAAGGCCAUCCAGGAUUACGGCGGUGCUGCCAAACCACCGGCGGCACGCAAGGAACAGAACCUGCCCCAGAUCCUGGAGGAGCCGAGAGGGGACUAGCGGGGCCGGGGGUGGGACGGGCUCACGGCCCCCACAGCCCCGGGAGCCACCCAGGAACGAGCGAGCGUCGCGGGACCAAAAGGCCGAGCACACCUGAACUGCCAACACCCGCCUUCAGACUGACCGGACCGGACCGGACCGACCGCCACCUCCUCCCCACGGCCGCCACCGACCGGCCCCGGAGCGCGGCCACGAUCCGCCGAGCCCCAGCCUCGCUCGCCCCGGACACACAGACAGCCCCCGUGCCGGAGGCGGGCUGCUGCCUCCACAGCUGCCAAAUCCUGCCUGGCCUCUGUCGGGGAGCCCCAGGCCCGGUGCCCACCCUCCCUCUGGCCGGGGGCACCCGGCUGCCGCCGCCCGUUAGCGCUGCCCGCGUAGAUGACCCGCUGCUUCGCUCGCUUCGCCAGCACCACGCCGAGCCACGAGCACCGGCCGCGCUGGGCCGGGCUGCCGAGCAAUACUCCACACCGGCGCCGCGCAUGCCGCCACCGCACCUUGCUGAGAUGCUGCUUUCAUAAGAUCAGGUACAGAUCCUUUCUACCAUUUUUUGUUGCUGGAUAUUCUACGACACUCUGGUUUUUUUAUUCUAUCGGUUUGUAUAAAAAACCAAACGGAAGCUCCCGCGGGCGCGACGCCCCGCGUGCCGUGGUACGUGGUCUGUAGUUUGCUACUUCUCUGUAUGAAGUGCCAGUCCUGCCGAUUACCUCCAGCCCAGGGAAAGCUCCUGUUCACUUGCUGUGUUGUGGUAAGACAAUGUUACAGAUAUGCAUUUAUCUACCCAAAGGCCUGGCUCCACUGGGCACUUUAUUUUUAAAAAGUCUGUUCUUUUGAAUGAGAUGUGAAGAUAAUCAAAUAAAGGCAGAAUGAUGGCA